AUGGCGCUUGGAAAAUGUGGUCCAGAAGCUGUCAAGCAUUUAAACACCUGCAUUGUUAUUUCCAAAAGCAAUCCAUAUAAAAACAAAAGGGCAGAUAAGCGAUGUACUGACAUUAUGCGGUGGUUUGCCGCCUUUGCGGCCAUUUCCCUGUUUUUUGCCGGCUGGGCAGCUUUGAUUACGUUUGUCGUCAUGUUACCCUCAGAUUAUCCUGAUCCCAAAUGGACAGUGUGGAUGGGCGUAAUUUUUUGGGUCAUACUUUUUAUAUUAAUUCUAGUUGGUAUAUCCGCGUUCCUAGCAUGGUGUUUAAACGAAAUGGGUUUGAAGAAUUACGUUUGCGGAAUUAUAGUAGCUUACGUUAUUGCUGCUUCCCAUGUCAUCGGUUCACAUAUAAUUCUUGCUGCUCUGUACAAAAAUUGGUACGGAAUACCACCUGAUGUGUAUCAGAAAGUAACAGCCAUUGUAUUUGCUAUUGGGAUAAACAUAGAAUUUUUUGAAAUUUUUGGAAUUUAG